AUGGCUUUGCUAUCUACGGCCCCAAUGAGGUCGUCGGCUCUCAGAAAGAUUGAAAUCAAUUGCGAUAUGGGAGAGGGUUUCGGGAGAUGGAAAAUGGCACCCGACGAUGAGCUCAUGGCCCUCGUUGAUGUGGCCAACAUCGCCUGCGGAUUCCACGCCGGCGAUCCCUCAUUGAUGCGCAAGACGGUCAGCCUCGCCAAGCUGAAGAAGGUUCGAGUCGGAGCUCAUCCCGGACUCCAAGAUCUCGUUGGGUUUGGGCGGCGGCGGAUGGAAAUCGACCCAGAGGACCUAUAUUCCAUGGUACUGUACCAAAUUGGCGCCCUCAAGGCCUUUCUGGACGCUGAGGGAAUGCCCAUGAACCAUGUCAAACCCCACGGAGAGCUGUAUUUCUACAUGCAGAGGGACCCUGCCAUCAUGGAGGCCGUCAUCCGGGCUACUGCUGUCUACGGCGUUCCCAUGUACGGAGCCAAAUCGGAGGUCCAGAAAUCCAUGUGCGCCAAGUACGGCCUCUCCUUCAUCGAGGAGGCAUAUGUGGACUUGCAGUAUAGCAAGGAGGCGAAGCUGCUGUCUGUUGCGCAGAGCAACGUGGCCACGCCGCAAGAUAUCUACACAAGGGCCUUUUCCAUUGCAACUAAUGACAAUAUCAUAGAUAAUGAGGGGAAUCUUGUUACGAUUGGGUUCAAAGGUCAACCGUUUUCAUUUUGCAUUCACUCGGAUAUGCCGACAGCAUUCGAGAAUACAAAGGCGUGUCGAAAAGCAGUUGAUGAAGUUAAUUCAAAACUAGGAUGGAGUUGA